GCCCCGCAGGUACGUUUACGAGCCAGCACAACGCCCGCAAAGUGUCGAAGCUGACCGGCGCGCGCAAGCGCCGCGCCCUGUUCAAGGAGUCUGGGCAGCCGCCAAAGAGACGCCGCACCGCGUCGGGGCCGGACGACCACUACGGCCGCGACGCCCAGGGCCCUCAGGGCGAGAGCGAGGGCGAGGACGAGCCGCAGCCACUCCCAGAGGUUGAGGACAUGGCCGUGUUGGAGGCGAAGAUCCGCGCCCACCUGGAUGCCAUUGAAAAGAGUAGAGAGAGGAUCGAAGAGAUCAUGAAGAUCACCCAAAACUCUUAGGAGUGGCCGAGGGGUCCGCAACUAGGUUCGAGCGCGUACACUGGCCGCCCGGAAAACUAGGAAGACCAGGAAGACCACCAGAAAGACUAAAGAAAACCGAAGAAGACCAAGAAAAUCGUAGGCCACAAAUGUGACGGAAAACCGAAAAAUUUAAGGGAAGACCGGAAAAACUUUAGAAAAGACCUAGAAAUUGCAAGGAGGGCCAGAAAAUGCAAGGGAAGGCCGAUGAAAAUGCGAGAAAACCGCAAAAACUGGAGGAAGCCUUUACAAAAUCUCAGAAAACCAAGAUAUUGGGAAAACCAAGAAAAAGUUGGGAAGACCGGGAAAACUUUAGGAAAACCUAGGAAAACUAGGAAGCCCACCACAUGUGUACACCGGCAGACCGUACUUGCGGACCCCUCGGGAGUGGCUCACCGAGCGCCGCUUGCGCCUCACCGCGUCGAACUUCGGCCCGGUCUGUCGUCGGUCUAAGCUCUUGUCGGUUAAGAUACUGGUUCACCACCUCCUGUACACCGACCCGACCAACAAGACCAAGGCCAUGGAGCACGGGUCGGCGACAGAGCGGACCGCGAGGGAGCACUACGAGGCCAAGCACGGAGUGACGGUGCGAACUUGUGGCCUUGUGCUAGACCAGGAGUAUCCGUUUUUGGCAGCAAGUCCAGACGGAUUUUUAGAUGAUGACACGCUUAUUGAGAUUAAAUGCCCCACAAGCGGCCUCCACUUUGACUCCGCAGAGGAAGCGGUCAGAUGUAAAAAGCUGGAUUAUCUCAAGUUGGAUGGCAAUGGUGCCCUCUACCCGUACGAGCGGUCUGACUACAACUUCCAGAUCCAGGGACAGCUCCACAUUACAGGACGCAGUAAGUGUGUCCUGUAUAUCAGGAGCAUGUGGAUGAGGCCACAGGCGUUGCGUCCAAGAAGUGGGACAAAGAGAUCUUAAUUACGCGUAAUGACAAGUUUUGGGCAGAGGAUAUGGAGCCUCACCUAGUGCAGUUUUACAAGCAGGCACUAGUCCCCGAACUAGUAUGCCCUCGGGCAAACUCCAGCAAGGCCUCUAGGGACAAAAUUCGGGAGGCGCCGUAUGUCCUAGAGGCCAUUGCCGCAAGAAAAGCCCUGUUAGAGGAGCAAGCGCUCGCCAGGCAAAACAAAGAAGGAAAGUCAUCACAAACCAAAGCAACGGCGAGGAAAAAAUAAACAACAAAUGUGCCAAUUUUUUGUUGUUGGUUUUCGUGCUUUUGUAAAUGUUU